UGCCUGUAGUUCACAUCCAGGAACGUCUGGUGCUGGAUGAUCUCUCUCCGGUGCACCCGUGUCUUUUGUACGACCGCGGAUGAUCGGAUAGCCGCCGUCAUAUGAGCUCCACUGAAUGGAAUAUCUUUUCUUUUUGGUCUUUUUCAUUCGCUUUUGUGUCUGAAGUUCCGGCGAUGCGGUGUCCGGUAUUUGGGGACGCGUAGCACUGCGCUUGUGCGAUUGCCUCGCCUCUUUGGGAUUCGCUUUACAGACUACAAAACCUUUGUGAAAGUGAACAGGAAAACAUGGACUAAUUUGUUUUUCGUUCACGAUGGGAUUAUUUAGACUUUCCUUUGUUUUCUGUAUAUUUUUUAUCUUUUCAGUUUUAGGGUUUGAGGUCGACCCCGCUCUGCGCAUAAACGUUUUCAACGAACUGAAGCUCGGCGUGUCGUUUGCCGGAGUUUCCCAAGUCCACGGCUUCCACAACGAGAGCAGAGCAUUUCUGUUCCAAGAUGUGGGGAGGAGUGUGAAGGCUCCUGCUGAUGCAGCAGGGCGCAUGCUGGGGAAGUUGAGGCACCGGACAGAGUUCACGCUGCUGGCCACCCUCAAACAGGAGCAGCUCAAUUCUGGAGUCAUCCUGUCAAUCCACCAUGCAGACCAGAGGUUCCUGGAGCUGGAGAGCAGCGGGCAGAGGGACGAGAUUCGGCUGCACUACCGAGCCCGGGACGGGCGCCCCCGCAGCGAGGUCUUCCCCUACGCCCUCGCCGACGGCCGCUGGCACAAGCUGUCGGUGGCUGUCAGUGCCUCGCACGUCCUCCUGCACGUGGACUGCAACAGGAUUUAUGAGCGUGUGGUGGAGACGCCCCUCCUGGACAUCCCGGCCGGGGCGUCGUUCUGGCUCGGGCAGAGGAACGGCGCCCGCGGCUUCUUCAAGGGGACGAUGCAGGACGUUCAGCUGCUCAUCAUGCCCCAGGGGUACAUCUCGCAGUGUCCGAACCUCAACCGCACCUGCCCCACGUGCAACGACUUCCACGGCCUGGUGCAGAAGAUCAUGGAGCUGCAGGACCUCUUAGCCAAAACGUCCAGCAAGCUGUCGCGGGCGGAGGAGAAGAUGAACGGCCUGGACAGCUGCCACUGUGAGCGGACGUGCAGCGCGAAGGGAAGGGUGUACCGCGAGGACCAGGCCUGGACGGACGGCUGCAGGAACUGCACGUGCGCGAACGGCACGGUGCUGUGUGAGGCCAUGGUCUGUCCCCCGCCCCAGUGCCCUCCAGGCUCCGCCCCUGCCUACGUGAGAGGAGCCUGCUGCAAGGAGUGCCAGUCUGUGUGCCCGUUCGGCGGGAGGGCGUUCGCGGAGGGAGAGGCGGAAGCCGCGCGCGACUCCUCGGGGAAGUGCCAGCUGCUCCGGUGCCGGAACGGGACGAUGCAUCCGGUAGAGGACUCGCCCUGUCCGGAGCUGAACUGUCCCGAAUCGGAGCAGAUCGCCCUCCCGGACCGCUGCUGCAAAGUGUGCAGAGGUCAUGACUUCUGCGCGGAGGGCAACGCCUGUGUGGAGCACUCGGACUGCGUCAGCCGGGAGGCCGGCGCCUCCUGCAGCUGCAAAGAUGGCUUCCGCCCGCUCCGCGACGACAGCGCGUACUGCCAAGACGUGGACGAGUGUGCGGAGGGGAAGCACUACUGCAGGGAGAACACCGUGUGCGUCAACACCCCCGGGUCCUUCCUGUGCGUCUGCCGCGGCGGCUACAUACGCAUCGACGACUACUCCUGCACGGAGCGUGACGAGUGCGCCACCGGGCAGCACAGCUGUGACCGGAACGCCCUGUGCUUUAACACUGUGGGGGGGCACAGCUGCUCCUGCAAGCCGGGGUACUCCGGAAACGGCACGCGCUGCAAAGCUUCCUGUGAAGGCGCGUGCCACAACGGGGGCACCUGCGUUUCUCCCGACACCUGCGUCUGCCAGCAGGGGUUCACCGGCGACAGGUGCGAGAACGAUAUCGACGAGUGCGCGGCCGGCUUUGUGGAGUGCGACAGCAGAGCCACCUGCGUUAACUUGCCAGGCUGGUACCACUGCGAGUGUCGGGAUGGCUACCACGACAACGGGCUCUUCUCACCCAAUGGCGAGUCCUGCGAAGACAUAGACGAGUGUGGGACGGGCAGGAACAGCUGUGCCAACGACACGGUCUGCUUUAACCUGGACGGGGGCUACGACUGCAGGUGCCCCCACGGGAGGAACUGCACGGGGGACUGUGUCCACGACAACAAGGUCAAACACCACGGCCAGAUAUGGGUCCUGGAGAACGACAGGUGCUCCGUCUGCUCGUGCCAGAGCGGGCUGGUCAUGUGUCGGCGGAUGGUGUGCGACUGUGAGAACCCCACGCUGGACCAGUUCUGCUGCCCCGAGUGUGACACGCGGCUCAGCAGCCAGUGCCUGCACCAGAAUGGGCUCCGCGCCUACGCCAGCGGGGACACCUGGGUGGAGAACUGCCAGCAGUGCCAGUGUCUGCGAGGCGAGGUGGACUGCUGGCCGCUGUCCUGCCCGCCGGCGGACUGCGACUUCACCGCGGUGCCCGAGGGCGGGUGCUGCCCGCGCUGCGUCGCCGACCCCUGCCAGGCCGACGCCGCCCGCGACGACGUCGCCAGGACCUGCGUCGACGGGCGCGGCGUCGUCCGCCCCGGCGGCUCCUCCUGGGUCGAGCGCGGCACCCGGUGCACGCUCUGCCGGUGCAAGAACGGACACGCCUGCUGCUCAGUGGAUCCCAUGUGCCUCUAGCUGCUGUGAGGAGCUCCAGGGGUUUGUACAGAGCCAUCUGCCCGUCCAUAAACUUCUUUAUACCAAAUACAGACCUGUACCAUAGCAACCGGACAAUGAACCUUUCACCGGCCUCCCCGACGUCAAUUGUCUUACCCUCAGGGCGUCCCAGCCAUUUUGAGGACUAUCCAUCCAUCUCCUGUCCCUUUGUAAAAAGUACCUAUUCUGGCAUGACUACUCAAUGUUGACUGUAUACUGAUUUUUAAACUCUUGUCAGCUGUAAAGGACCCGCUUAGUGCCCUCAGUAGUGAAAAGUGCCACUCGUUUAAUUUCCGAAACAUGGAUUCUGUUUUGGUAGCGCAUAGAUCAAUCCUUGUUUAAUUUAUUCAGUGGCUUGUUAUUUGUGUGAUGGUGAAAUAAACAUUUUCAUUGACGUUAA